GGUUGUUUCAUCGCAAAGCAUGCCGGGACAUAAUUCUAGUCCAUUUUCACCUUCGCGCGAUUCACGAUCAUUGUGGUCCAUUGCAUUGUCAACAUGGUCAACCACGGGAUUUUUUUGUGUUACUGAAAUGUGCUCAGAAUUCAAGUAAUUCAUCUAUUAAAUGACAGACAAGAAACAAGUCAUUUGAAGAGUUCCAUGGACAAGCCAUCUACAUGUAGACGCUCCAGUGGCGGCUGUGGUGGGUCACCUGAUGCCCUCAUUUACAUGUGCAGUGGUAAGCUGUAAGAACACAAGUCGAAGUUUUCUCAAAUGGAACUCAAAAAUCUGUGACAUACACAAAUGCACCCGUAAAGAGGAACUGUGCACCUGCAAACCUCCUUAUAGGUUUCUUCCAUUCCCAACACAAAAAUUUCCACAACUGCGUGGAGAGUGGAUCCGUAAAAUAAGGCGUGUAGAUCCUUCAACCAAGAAGCCAUGGAUUCCUAAGCACUUCAGCAGGGUUUGUUCGAUACAUUUUGUUGAUCUUGCCCCAUCUGCAAGUCGUGUCCCUACUUUGCAUCUUGGAUAUGAUGUGCCUCUACCCAAAUCUAGAAGAACAAUAAAGCGAACAGUACCAGACCCUGUGACUGCUGGACCUGUCCCAAAGGUUGUUAGAGCUGAUUCAGCUGAACCAUCUGUUGCGUUAAAAGUUAAAAAUGUUCUUGCCGAAAGUGGACACGAUUAUAGAAUAUCAUGUAAAUGUGCUGUAUCAUGUCAUUGUAAAGAAGCUGCGACAAUCAUCCGAUCAUUAGAAGACGAAGUUGAGAGGCUUAAAAAAUUAGAGGACAAACAUACAUUUUUUCAUUCAUUGUCUGAUGGUGAUAUCAGUUUUUAUACAGGUUUUCCAUCAAAAACUUUAUUUCAGAGUGUAUUUUCUUUCAUUCAGCCGAAGGCAAGACGAUUGAGAUAUUGGAAAGGGGCCAAGGAGGCUAAAUCAAAUGAGAGACUCCUUUCCGGUACAAAAAAUUCACCAAAGAAGCGUGGUCCGAUAAGGAAGCUCGAAUUAGUAGACGAGUUUUUGCUCGUUUUAAUGAGGUGCCGGCUUGGCCUAUUGAACCGAGAUUUGGCCAAGCGUUUUGGUGUAUCACCAGCAUCUGCAUCGCAUAUUUUCUUUACGUGGAUCAAUUUUUUGGCUGAAGUUUUAGGUCCUUGUGUGUGGUGGCCAUCAAAAGAUAUUGUUCGUCGCAACCUUCCAUCAGCUUUUAGGACCAAGGAAUAUAGGAACGUUAGGUGCAUUAUAGACUGCACAGAAAUUUUCAUUGAGCGGCCCCGUAAUCUCUAUCUACAGGCUGUUACAUGGUCAGAUUACAAGAAACAUAAUACCAUCAAGCUUUUAAUUGGUAUUACUCCUAACGGCCUAAUCUCUUUUCUGUCCGAUAUCUGGUGCGGGAGAGUAACAGAUAAACACAUUGUUCAGGAAUCUGGAUUUUUGAAUUUACUCGAAAAUCAAGAUACAAUUAUGGCUGACAGGGGAUUCCCGAUUACAGAAGAGCUCAUGAUGAGGCGAGCGUCACUAGUCAUCCCACCUGGCAAAAGAGGUCAGGAACAGAUGACCAGGCAACAGGUGAUGCAGACUAAAAAAGUUGCGAAUUUACGGAUUCAUGUAGAACGUGCAAUUAGGCGGCUCAAGUCUUUCCGAAUUAUAAAAGGAACUCUUCCGUGGAGUCUUAUUCCCUUGUCGGAUCAGAUAGUCAAAGUUUGUGCAGCCCUCUGCAACAUGCAAGACCCGCUAGUUGCAUGAACUUUCAUUCAUAAGCACAGUGUACAGUUUUUUCUUCAGAAUAAGUACCGGUAUCGUAUAAUGAACUCAUGCACAUGCAUCAUUUGUAUAAUAUUAAUUCUUUGAAUUGAAUCCUAAGCGUCAGAUUUAACACAUGUACAUGUAUGCAUAGUUGACUUUAAUAAGUUUUACUUUCUUGGAUGUAUAAUAUAUGAUAUAUUUUACUUUUCUAGUCUUUUAUGUCACAUAUUUUUGGGUGUGUAGUAGUCUACAGGGUGUAUGCCAAAAAAAUUAGUCCUCUGCCAAUGAAUU